UGUGCAACACAAGCUUGAGAGACUUCGAUUGCGAAAGAAAAUAUGCUUUUUAAAUUUUAUUUGAACAUUACAUUUUCCGGUGGCUGUAAAUAAAUCAAAAGAGCAAAUUACAUAAUUUAGGGAGAGAAAUUACAAUUUGUGCCCUAAUUUAAAAUUUUUAGUCUCCGUUGCAAAUGUAUGGUAACAUUGCAGUUUUUUAUUUUUCUUCUUUCAAACUUCAAGUGUAAAAGAGAUAGUGAGUGUUGCUGGCUCGUCGAGAAGUGACGGCGGCAUCAAUUUCUGAAUUAAUUACCAUUUGUCGCAAAAACUGCGCGUCCUUUAUCUUUUCUAGCCAAAAAUCUAUCAUCUUAUUCCAAGUUGUGUUUGAUAGUAAUCUAAAUGGCAUCAGAUGAGGAAGUGGACGGCUCUUUUGCAGGUGAUGAGGAAGUAGAGGAAGGUGAGGGUCAAAAUGACAAUUCCGGAGAUAGUGACGAGGCUCCACCAAAGGAAGAUGAAGAUUAUUCCCCUGAAGAUGGUAGAAAAAAGAAAAAGGGAAAGAAAAGGAAAGCCAGAGGAGAAGAAAAAAAGGGAAGAAAGAAAAAGAAGAAGCGAAAGAAUGAAAGUGAAGAUGAUGAUGAUUUUGGCCUCGAGAUGGAAGCAGAAGGUGACAGUGAUUAUGCACUGAGCGCUGUCUCUUCAAGCAAGAAAUCCCGUAAAGGUCGAAGUAGCAAACACAACACACCAUCCACAACUACAGCAUCAGACUCUGGCUCUGGUAUGCCAACAGUCGAGGAGGUGUGCUCCUCGUUCGGCCUUACCGAUGUUGACAUACAAUAUGCGGAUGCGGACUACGAAAACUUGACUACAUACAAACUGUUUCAACAACAUGUUCGUCCAAUGCUCGUUAAAGAGAAUCCAAAGGUGCCAGUAUCAAAGUUAAUGAUGCUAGUAGCUGCAAAAUGGCGGAUGUUCUGUGAAACGAAUCCACACUUAAGCACUAGUGUACCACAAAGUAUGGGCUCUGAAGAGAAUACAAAUACUUCUGCUACUUCUGACUAUGUCUCUAAGAGACCCGGACGCACACCCAAAGAAGCAAAGACUGAUGAGACAAUAGAGGAGCCCGAAGAAGAAGAGGAGGAAGAAGCAAGUGACGAAGGCGCUACUGUGCCGCGGAAACGUGGACGCAAGCCCAAGAAUGCGACCGGCGCCGUCACGCCACGAGGCAAGCCCGGCAGGAAGCCUAAAGUACCUACACUGAAGAUCAAGUUCAGCAAGAGAAAACGAACCAGCAGCGAGGAGGAACAAGAAGGCAGCGCUGUAAAUUCAGAUUCAGACGCCGAGUUCGAGCAGAUGUUAGCUGAAGCCGAGGAAACAAAGCCUCCUGUUGCAGCUGCAGCUGACGAAGCCGCGCCACCUAAAGAAGAAGAUCCUACAGCGGCGCUACCUAAAAAGAAGGCAAAGACAAAGAUCGGAAACAAAUCUAAAAAGAAAAGGAAGUUGAAGACGACCAGCAAGUUUCCUGAUGGUGCUGAGGGAGAGCACGAACAUCAGGACUAUUGUGAGGUGUGUCAGCAAGGCGGCGAGAUAAUUCUGUGUGACACAUGUCCACGGGCCUACCACCUCGUGUGCCUCGACCCCGAGCUCGAGGAGACGCCGGAGGGCCGCUGGUCGUGUCCGCACUGCGAGGCCGAGCCCGCACCCGACAAUGACGACGACGAUGAACAUCAGGAGUUUUGCAGAAUUUGUAAGGACGGCGGCGAGUUGUUAUGCUGCGAUUCUUGUCCUUCAGCGUAUCAUCGGUUCUGCUUGAAUCCGCCGCUUGAAGAAAUUCCCGAUGGCGAGUGGAAAUGUCCCAGAUGCAGUUGUCCACCAUUGGAUGGAAAAGUGGCCAAAAUUUUAACUUGGCGUUGGAAGGAACAGUCAAGCAAGUCCAAGGCUCCGCGUUCAAGAGAAUUUUUUGUGAAGUGGCAUGAACGAUCUUAUUGGCACUGCAGCUGGAUAUCUGAACUACAGCUCGACGUGUUCCAUCCACUAAUGUAUCGUUACUACAUGCGUAAGUCGGAUCCCGAAGAACCGCCUAAACUUGAAGAGCCCCUCGAUGAACGAGAUAGUAGGUACAAACGACUCAAAGAUAAACAACAGGAUACGGAAUCUAACAACGAAAAAUUACUCGAAGAGAAGUAUUAUAGAUAUGGCGUCAAACCUGAGUGGCUUGUAGUACACCGUGUGAUCAACCAUCGCACUUCAAGAGACGGCACUACAUACUUUUUAGUCAAAUGGAGAGAUCUCUCAUACGAUCAGGCCACGUGGGAAUCUGAGCAUGAAGACAUUGCCGGACUCAAGCAAGCCAUGGACUAUUAUCAAGACAUGCGAGCGUUCAUAACGUCAGAGGGUAAGACUAAAGGCUUCAAAGGUAAGAAACCAGGUCGCAAAAGUAAGAACAAAGACCUCACGGACGAAGACGACAGCAGCGCCGGCCUACAAAUGCGCCCCAAGAAAUACAAUCCGCCGCCUGAUCGUCCUACCAGUAAUCUCAAUAAGAAAUACGAAGACCAACCACAGUUUGUGUACGAAACCGGCAUGCAGCUGCAUCCUUACCAGCUAGAGGGUCUCAACUGGCUUCGGUAUUCCUGGGGACAAGGCAUCGACACCAUACUGGCUGACGAGAUGGGUCUCGGUAAAACCAUCCAAACCGUUACAUUCCUAUACUCUCUAUUCAAGGAAGGCCAUUCUAAAGGACCUUUCUUGGUGUCCGUGCCGCUAUCCACAAUCAUUAAUUGGGAGAGGGAAUUCGAGCUAUGGGCACCGGACUUGUACUGUAUAACAUAUGUAGGUGACAAAGAUUCGAGGGCUGUGAUCCGAGAGAAUGAACUAACAUUUGAUGACGGUGCUAACAGAGGUGGCAGACCUUCUAAAAUCAAGUCGCAAGUGAAAUUUAAUGUUUUACUCACUUCCUAUGAAUUGAUCUCAAUUGACUCUACGUGCUUAGGAUCUAUAGAUUGGGCAGUUCUCGUUGUAGACGAAGCCCACAGACUGAAGAGUAAUCAGUCGAAAUUUUUCAGGCUUUUGGCCGGUUAUCACAUCAAUUAUAAAUUGCUUCUUACGGGUACACCACUACAGAAUAACUUGGAAGAGUUGUUCCAUCUUCUCAAUUUCUUAAAUAAAGACAAGUUCAAUGAUCUCGCAGCAUUCCAGAAUGAGUUCGCUGACGUUUCGAAAGAAGAACAGGUGAAGAGGCUCCACGAAAUGCUAGGGCCUCACAUGUUGCGACGUUUGAAAGCUGACGUACUGAAAAACAUGCCUACUAAGUCAGAGUUCAUUGUCCGUGUAGAAUUAUCGCCCAUGCAAAAGAAAUAUUAUAAAUACAUUCUAACUAGGAAUUAUGAAGCUUUGAACCCCAAGAGUGGAGGUCAAACUGUUUCACUACUUAACGUCAUGAUGGACCUGAAGAAAUGUUGUAAUCAUCCUUAUCUAUUCCCAGUCGCAGCGGAGGAAGCUCCGUUAGGUCCGCACGGAAAUUAUGACACGCAAGCUUUGAUCAAAGCUUCUGGAAAACUCGUGCUCCUAUCUAAAAUGUUGAAACAAUUGAAAGAGCAGGGUCAUAGGGUACUGAUUUUCUCACAGAUGACGAAAAUGUUGGAUAUACUUGAAGACUUCUUGGAGGGUGAGGGAUACAAGUAUGAAAGAAUUGACGGUGGUAUCACGGGAACGAUCCGUCAAGAAGCCAUAGAUAGGUUUAAUGCCCCGGGAGCCCAACAGUUUGUGUUCCUCUUGUCGACAAGAGCGGGAGGUCUGGGCAUCAAUUUGGCGACCGCCGACACUGUUAUCAUUUAUGAUUCCGAUUGGAAUCCUCACAAUGACAUUCAAGCUUUCUCUCGAGCGCAUCGUAUUGGCCAAGCCAACAAAGUUAUGAUUUAUCGUUUUGUAACACGUAACAGCGUCGAAGAAAGAGUCACCCAAGUCGCUAAACGAAAAAUGAUGUUAACGCAUUUGGUGGUGCGACCGGGCAUGGGCGGAAAGGGAGCUAACUUCACUAAGCAAGAGUUGGAUGAUAUUCUUCGAUUCGGUACUGAAGAGCUGUUCAAAGAAGAGGAAGGCAAAGAGGAGGCUAUUCAUUAUGACGAUAGAGCUGUGGGUGAAUUACUCGAUCGGUCUAAGGAAGGAAUAGAACAGAAAGAAUCUUGGGCUAAUGAAUAUCUUAGCUCUUUCAAAGUUGCUAGUUAUUCCACUAAGGAAGGCGAUGGUGAAGAGGAAGUCGAUACAGAAAUUAUAAAACAGGAAGCAGAGAAUACUGAUCCUGCGUACUGGAUCAAACUUCUCAGGCAUCACUACGAACAACAUCAAGAAGAUCAAGCGCGGACGCUUGGGAAAGGCAAACGUGUACGUAAACAAGUUAACUACAACGAUGGAAGUGUUGCGCAGACAGAAAACAGAGAGGAUUCUACUUGGCAAGAGAAUGGCUCGGACUAUAAUUCCGAUUUCUCUCAAGGUAGCGAGGAUGACAAAGAAGACGACGAUUUUGAUGAAAAGAAUGAUAAUGGAGAUCUGCUCAGUCGCCGGAGUAAGCGUCGCCUCGAAAAGCGAGAGGAACGCGACCGACCGCUGCCUCCAUUACUGGCCAGAGUCGGCGGCAACAUGGAAGUUCUCGGCUUCAACGCCAGGCAGAGGAAGUCAUUCCUCAAUGCUAUCAUGCGGUACGGGAUGCCACCGCAGGACGCUUUCAACUCGCAGUGGUUAGUGAGAGAUCUGCGCGGGAAGUCUGAGCGCAACUUCAAGGCCUACGUGUCGUUGUUCAUGCGCCAUCUCUGCGAACCGGGCGCCGACAACGCGGAAACAUUCGCGGACGGCGUUCCGAGGGAAGGAUUAUCCCGUCAGCACGUUUUGACACGAAUCGGGGUAAUGAGUUUGAUCAGGAAAAAGGUUCAGGAAUUCGAACACAUCAACGGGUACUACAGCAUGCCGGAACUGGUGAGAAAACCAGUUGAGCCGGUGAAAGUGUCUGGGGCGAGUGAGAGUGCCGCCCCCAGUCCCGCGCCCUCCACCGCCACACCCAUCACCUCCGCAGCACCCUCGCCCGCACCCACCUUGCUGCCUCACGGACAGGCAGCCACGCCCGCCACGCCCUCUGGCUCUGACAAGGACGAUAAAGAGGAAACUAAAGAUGACAAAUUGGAAGUUAAAGAUAAACUCAAAGCAGAACCGAUGGAUACGGCCGAUGUCAAGGAGGAUAGUGCGGAAGAAAAAGAAUCACAAAAAGAAGACGAGAAAGAGGCCGAAAGACGUAUGUCCGUUGACGAGGAACCUCCAAAAGAUGAAGAUAAAACUGAUGAAAAGAAAGAAGGCAAAGAGUCACCUAAAGUUAAAGACGAAUUGAAGGAAGAGACCGACAAGAAAGAGGAUGUAAGAAGUGAAAAGGCGGCAUCUGACGUCUCUGAGAAACCAAAAGAGGAGAAGAAGGAGGACGACGACGAUGACGUUGUUCUGGUUAAAGAAGAGGAAGAUCUCAAAGUAGAACGUCGCAAGUUCAUGUUCAAUAUCGCCGACGGAGGCUUUACCGAACUCCAUACUCUGUGGUUGAAUGAAGAGCGAGCCGCCGCGCCCGGCAGGGAAUACGAAAUCUGGCACCGAAGACACGACUACUGGCUGCUGGCCGGAAUCGUCACGCACGGAUACGGUCGCUGGCAGGACAUACAGAACGACCUGCGAUUCGCGAUCAUUAACGAGCCAUUCAAGAUGGACGUCGGCAAAGGAAACUUCCUCGAGAUUAAGAAUAAGUUUUUGGCUCGGCGUUUUAAGCUUUUAGAACAAGCGUUAGUGAUCGAGGAGCAGCUCCGUAGAGCGGCAUACUUGAACCUCACACAAGAUCCGAACCAUCCCGCAAUGUCCUUGAACGCGCGGUUCGCUGAAGUCGAGUGUCUUGCUGAGUCCCACCAGCAUCUCAGCAAGGAGUCCCUCGCUGGGAACAAACCAGCCAACGCGGUGUUGCACAAGGUGCUGAACCAGCUGGAAGAGCUGCUGUCGGACAUGAAGUCGGACGUGUCGCGGCUGCCGGCCACGCUGGCGCGCAUCCCGCCCGUCGCGCAGCGCCUGCAGAUGUCGGAGCGGUCCAUCCUGUCGCGCCUCGCAGCCACCGCAGGCAACCCCGUGCCCGCUGCCCAAAUGCCGCAGUUCCCGACCGGCUUCCAGCCCGGCGGCACGCUCCCCGGGUUCGCGGCGUCGGCCGCGACGGCGGCUAAUUUCUCCAACUUCCGACCGCAGUACUCCGUGCCCGGACAGCCUACAUCAUCCUCUAACUCGAAUAAAUCAUAAACUCCGUAAUUUAAACAACUAUAUUCGAUUUGACGUAACCCGCAGCGAGCGGAUAUGUCGCCGCGUAGGUGAAUUAGAUGUAAGCUUUUUUGAAGAUUCCUGUUUCCACAUCGGCUCCGAAGUCAUAAUUAUAUUUGUGAUUAGUUCAGAUAGAUUACAUGACGUCAUAGCGAAAAUAACUCAUAAUAUUAUUUAUUUCAUCCUGAUCUGUAUGAAUCUUUUCUAUCGUGUAAGUGAAUUGUGGACUUAUGAAAUCUUUAUUUUUAAUUUACCAAAAAUUGAAAACUGAAUAAAACUUACAGUUAA